ACAAAAGUCGAGCCGCUGGAUCUGGAUCCGUCGGCGUAGUCCGCCCCCGCAAACUCGAAAUGAUAAAACCGAAAAGCGGUAUCCGACAGUGAGACGUUCGCAGACUGUCGGCGAGGACAGAUCUGAAUUGGGGAAAACAGAAUGAAAAACAUGGACUAUCAAUAUUAUGAUGAACCGGACUACAUAGAUGUGGACGACGAUGAUGCUGACAAUGGAGGCCAUACGGAAAACGGCUUUCCCUAUGGCUAUCACAAUCCAUCCAGAUUGAAUCCAAAUCAGGAGGAUGACGAUUACUAUCAGGAUGCGACAGCUGCCGAAAGGCAUUUGACUUUGAUGGAGCGUCUUUCCGAUAAUCUAGAGAAUUGUGUACAACCGAGUCUCAUUCAAGUGGCGCAGUAUAUGGCUCCUAUGCUAAUCCUGUGCCUAGUCAGUCGCAUAUUGAAGCAAAUCUAUGCCAGAAGAAGGGGCACAGUUGCCCAGUCCGAAGCCAAUUGCCUGUCAGUGGCCCCGCUUCAUGUGAUCAAUAGUGUAUGUGGAAUAGUCUUAUUAUAUCUCACGCUUGGACCACGUUUGGGCAUUAUCCUUGUGCUGAAUGUAAUCAGUUAUACCCUGCUGCAGUUCGUCCGCCUGGGCAAUGGCCAGAGGGGAGCCAUUGCCAUAGCCGCAUUGACGAUUGGAAGCCAGUUUCUAUAUGAAUUAGCCAUUUGGAGGCAACGUCAGGAUUGGCCUCAACUGAGGGGCAUACAAAUGGUGGCCAAUAUGAAGGUAAUAUCGCUGGCAUUCGAUUUGACUGGCUCAAAAGAUGAAAUUACCAUGCCUGGACCGUUGGCCUAUUUGGGUUACAUACUGAAUCCGGCCACCUGCCUCUUGGGUCCUUGGAUAAGGUAUGCCCACUAUGUUGAAUCGUUGGUCGGCAAUAAAGGCAGCCAUAAUUGGCUACGAAAUCUGCGGCAAGUGAUUCUCAAUGUUCUACUAUGCCUGCUCACCUUGGCCAUUUCAAAUUGCCUGGCCCCAUCGCUGAGUGAGAUGACCGGAUCAUCCCACACUCUGCUUAUGUACACCGGAGCCUUGAGUGUGCGUACCAGCCACUAUUUCGUCUGCUUCUUGGUCCAAGCUCUAUUGGCUUGUGCAGAUCAACGCUUGGAGGAGGAGCCAACGAACUCGAAUUGGUGGUUGGGCCAUCUAGUUAGUCGCCCCGGACAAAUUGAGUGGCCCAGAUCGUUGACCAGUCUGGUGCGUAGCUGGAAUAUUCCCAUGCAUGAUUGGUUGAAACGCUAUGUCUAUCGUGGAGCAAUGGCCACGGGUUCAAGCCAGCAUCUUUUGGUAUCGGUUUUCUGUACUUAUCUCAUAUCGUCGCUAUUGCACGGCAUGGACUUGAGAAUCUAUCUGGUUCUGCUCUCCCUGGCCGCCUUUGGACAGGGCGAGAUGAUGUUGCGCCGCCACUUGGCACAGUCGUUCGACGCCUGCAUCUCGGCCAAUCCUUGUCGUGGAUCAGAACUCUGCCGCUACUCGAGAUGCCCGGCAAAGCCAAAGUGCGGCUUCUUUGUAAAUCUAUUGAUAAGAUUCGCCAAUCUUGGCUUCACCCUAUUGGUCAUAUACCAUCUUGCCUAUCUAGGUGUUGUUCUACUUAAUGAAUCGCUAUCCACCGAUUUGGAUGAGGAAUCCGGUUCAUUUAUGUGGCAUUGGUCAGAGGCGGGCUACUUGAGCCAUUACUUAGGCAUAGGAAUGUUUGUUCUCUAUCUAUUCAUAUCAUAGAUACUAUACGAUAUAUAUAGGUAUAUAUGGCUGUAAUCGACUGAAAACGGAAUCUCUUCUAUAUACUUGCCAUUUACAAAGAACGGAAAACUCCAUUAAUAUAAUGAUUUAUUUUUUUUAAAUGGUCUUAUGGGCGAUUUAGCUUCGGCUAAGAAGCGGGUUGAGGGGGGUCUUUUCAAAAUUUUUGAGGCACGAUCCCAAAACGACAACUGGUGAUAAAAAUUAAGAAUAAGCAAACAUAAGUUUUAAACACUUGCGACAAUGUCUUUUGUUUUCCACGAAAUGAAAACAAAUAGGGCAAAACAAAACCGGAAAAUAAAUAUAAAAUAUUUAUUACGUACGUACAAUAUGUAGUUUGCUUAAAAAUAGACUUCCAUCUGUUUUUCCAUGGGUGG